AUGGUAAUGGCUAGUGUCAUACAGAAGAUCAUACCUCACUAUUCUCUUGCUCGUUGGCUUCUCUGUAGUGGCAGUUUGCGGUGGUAUCAACAUCCCACUGAAGAAGAACUACGGAUUCUUGCAGGGAAGCAAAGAGGGAAGAGCAAAAAAGAUAGAAAAUACAAUGGUCACAUUGAAAACAAACCAUUAACCAUUCCAAAAGACAUUGAUCUUCAUCUGGAAACAAAAUCUGUGACAGAAAGGGACACUAUUGCAUUGCAUUAUUUUCCAGAAUAUCAGUGGUUGGUGGAUUUCACUUUUGCAGCUACAGUUGUAUAUGUGGUGACAGAAGCCUAUUACAGCAUUGUGAAGCCCUCCCAAGAAAUGAAUAUCAGUGUAGUAUGGUGUCUGCUUGUCUUAGCUUUUGCAGUUAAGGUACUGUUUUCAUUGACUACCCAUUAUUUCAAAGUUGAGGAUGGAGGUGAAAGAUCAGUCUGUGUCACAUUUGGUUUUUUCUUCUUUGUGAAAGCAAUGGCUAUUCUCAUUGUGACAGAAAACUAUCUAGAGUUUGGACUGGAAUCAGGAUUCUCAAAUUUCUCAGAAAGUGCUAUGCAGUUUCUUGAAAAACAAGGUUUGGAAUCCCAGGGUCCUGUGUCUAAACUAACCUUCAAAUUGUUCCUGGCUGUUCUGUGUUCACUUAUUGGUGCUUUUUUGACAUUCCCUGGCUUGCGACUGGCUCAAAUGCAUCUGGAUGCUCUGAAUUUAGCAACAGAAAAAAUAACACAAACACUGCUACAUAUAAACUUCUUGGCACCUUUGUUUAUGGUUCUGUUGUGGGUAAAACCGAUCACUAAGGACUACAUUAUGAACCCACCUUUGGGCAAAGAGAGCAUUCCUUUGAUGUCAGAAGAUACGUUUGACACUGUCAGGUUGUGGAUUAUAAUCCUGUUAUGUGCUUUACGGUUGGCUAUGAUGCGUCAUCACUUACAGGCCUAUCUGAAUUUAGCCCAGAAAAGUGUAGAUCAGAUGAAAAAGGAAGCUGGCAGAAUAAGUAUGGUUGACUUACAGAAAAUGGUGGCUCGAGUGUUCUAUUAUCUCUGUGUAAUUGCACUACAAUAUGUUGCACCAUUGGUAAUGCUCCUUCACACAACUCUGCUCUUGAAAACACUAGGUAAUUAUUCUUGGGGCAUCUACCCAGAAUUGAAUUUUGAUACUCCAGUAGAAAACAAUUUGCUUCCGAGUUCCAUUUAUUCUGAGUCUCUACCUGCUGAUGGAAAGAUGAAAGUGACUGUAGUGCAAAUAACAAUGGCUUUGGGAAGCCUAAAGAAUAUUUUCACUCCUCUCCUGUUUCGGGGAGUCCUGUCUUUCCUCACCUGGUGGAUUGCUGCUUGCCUUUUUUCUACAAGCCUUUUUGGGCUCUUCUAUCACCAGUACCUGACUGUGGCGUGA